UACUACUACUACUACUACUACUACUACUACUCUCCUAUUCCUCUCCCUAAUCGUCACAAUGCCUGGUCAGGUCGCUGGUUCCAAGGUCCUCCUUCUGGGCUCGGGUUUCGUUACCAAGCCCACUGUUGAGGUUCUGAGCAAAGCAGAUGUUCACGUCACCGUCGCUUGCCGUACCCUCGAAAGCGCCCAAAAGCUCGCUGAGGGCUUCAAGAACACCACAGCCAUUGCCUUGGAUGUCAACGAUGCCGACGCUCUCGACAAGGCUCUCGAGCAGGUCGACCUUGCUAUCUCCUUGAUCCCUUACACCUUCCACGCCCUUGUUAUCAAGUCCGCUAUCCGCACCAAGAAGCAUGUUGUUACUACUUCUUACGUCUCUCCCGCAAUGCUCGAGUUGGACGAGGAGUGCAAGAAGGCCGGUAUUACAGUCAUGAACGAGAUUGGCUUGGACCCUGGUAUUGACCACUUGUACGCUGUCAAGACUAUUGAUGAGGUCCACAAGGAGGGUGGUAAGAUCACUUCCUUCCUCUCCUACUGUGGUGGUCUCCCCGCCCCUGAAUGCUCCGACAACCCUCUGGGUUACAAGUUCUCCUGGUCCAGCCGUGGUGUCCUUCUCGCUCUCCGUAACGCUGCCAAGUUCUACAAGGACGGCCAGGAAGUCAGCGUCGCCGGCCCCGACCUUAUGGCUACCGCCAAGCCCUACUACAUCUACCCUGGCUUCGCCUUCGUUGCGUACCCCAACCGUGACUCGACUCCCUAUAGUGAGCGCUACAACAUCCCCGAAGCCAAGACUAUCGUCCGUGGUACUCUCCGCUACCAGGGCUUCCCUGAGAUGAUUAAGGUGUUGGUCGACAUCGGCUUCCUGAGCGAUGAGCCCGCCGACUUUCUCAACUCCCCCAUCGCCUGGAAGGACGCCACCAAGCAGAUCCUGGGCGCCACGACGGCUACCGAGAAGGACCUCGAGUGGGCCAUCGCCUCCAAGACCUCCUUCGCGAACAACGAGGAGCGCAACCGCCUCAUCGCGGGUCUCCGCUGGAUCGGGAUAUUCUCUGACGAGCAGAUCAUCCCCCGCGGUAACCCUCUUGAUACCCUCUGUGCCACCCUCGAGAAGAAGAUGCAGUACGGCCCUGAAGAGCGUGACAUGGUUAUGUUGCAGCACAAGUUCGAGAUCGAGCACAAGGAUGGCUCCAAGGAGACACGCACCAGCACCAUGUGCGAGUAUGGUGUGAUCGGUGGUUACUCUGCUAUGGCUAAGACUGUCGGUGUCCCCUGUGGUGUUGCUGUCCAGUUGGUGCUUGAUGGCACUAUCAACCAGAAGGGUGUCAUUGCUCCCAUGACCUGGGACAUCUGUGCUCCCCUCGUUAAGACUCUUAAGGAGGAGUACGGCAUUGAGAUGAUUGAAAGGACUCUGUAAACUCCCUUUUAGGGCGUAUACGAUUGAACUGUUUAACGAUCUAAAAUGUUUAUAAAGGGUUAGAGAUAUACUCAAAAAG